AUGGCGGAAUAUGACUUGACGAAACGUAUGGCUCCCUUUUUUGAUCUUCACUUGAUCAUCCCUUUAUUGGAGUUCAUCGAACCUCGUAAGAUAUACGAUGACGCAUCUCUGGUUGAAAUGCAUCGACACGUUCUUAUGAAGACGAAUAUGAUUGAUAGUUUAACAGAGACUUAUCAAGGACAGCCAACUCCAAAAGAACUUGAGACUAAAAGGGCUGAAGUGCUCAAAGAGAGGGACAUUUUGAAGGCAAAGGUCGAUCCCGUCAUUGAAAUUCUUGAACUGGACGAUGUGAAGGAAUUAAUGGAGAGUACCAGAGAUCGAGACGGGAAUAACAAAAUACUUGAUUUUCUUCAACAAAAUCACAACUUCCAACUUGACAUGAUCGAUGCUCUCUUCAAGUACGCCAAAUUCAUGUACGAGUGUGGAAACUACACAGCCGCAUCGGUUUGCCUUUACUACUACCGUAAUCUGGUUCCCCAAGCCGAUCCAAAUUAUCUCAAUGCACUAUAUGGAAAGCUGGCCAGCGAAAUUCUGCUCCAGGAAUGGGAUCAUGCGCGAGAUGACUUGGUCAAGCUUCGUGCUUACAUAGACUCCAACCCAUUCGACACUGAGUGGGAAUUGAUCCACCAAAGAGCAUGGCUUAUGCACUGGGCACUUUUUGUCUACUUCAAUUAUCCAAAAGGACGCGAUGACAUCAUUGAAAUCAAACUUACCUCAAUACUAUACCAGGUGAUGUGCCCGCAUCUUCUUCGCUACUUGGCUGUGGCCGUUGUUACGAGCAAGAAUAAGCAGAAGAAUAGCUUGAAGGACCUUAUUAAAGUCAUUGAUAUCGAACGCCACAACUACCAAGAUCCUGUAACAGAUUUCCUCACCUGUCUUUAUAUAAAAUACGAUUUUGAUGAAGCUCAAGAAAAGCUGCGACAGUGCGAAGAGGUGUUGUCAAACGACUUCUUCCUCACUGCGUGCUUGUCAGAUUUCCGUGAAUCAGCUCGACUGCUCAUUUUUGAGAUGUUCUGUCGCAUUCAUCAAUGUAUUAGUAUUGAAAUGCUUGCUAGGAGGCUCAAUAUGUCACAGGUGGAAGCAGAAAGGUGGAUUGUGGACCUCAUCCGAAAUUACCGAAUUGAGGGAGCUAAAAUUGACAGCAAACUUGGUCAAGUUGUAAUGGGAGUGAAAGCUGUCAGUAUUCAUGAGCAGGUGAUGGAAAAUACCAAACGACUGACUUUACGAGCACAACAGAUCGCUUUACAACUGGAGAAAGCUCGAACUGAACGAAAGACCACCGUCUUUAUGCAAUCAAAUUUUCUGAAUCCGUGGAAUUAUGUUCCUUUUCUCGAAGAGAUGAAACAAGCAUACGCUCGGAAAAAUGGCUCAAUUCAAGACAAGGUAUCAGAGCUGCCGGCUCAGUCCCUUUUGGAGUUCAUGAUAGGGGAGGGCCCAUGUAGGCACUUGCGAGGCUCCAAUCUUAUCAAGGAAAUCUAUCAUCAUGUACAAAGAAUAAAGGACAAAAAUGCGCAGUUGGAUGCGAAUAUCAUAGCGGAUCGAUGUUUCCCGAAGUUUACAGGUGCUGAGGAAAUUGUGAUAGAAAGAUUUGAUUUGAACUGCCAUCUUCCUAAGAUAUGGGCUAUUUGCAACAAUGACAAGUAUCUUGCCCAGGAGCUGUUCGAUGCCAUUUCUAUCAACCUGACCUAUUUCCUUUCAUUAUAUGCCCUGCAUUCUCUCAGGAGUCAGACGAAGAUCGGUCUUCGCGAUGAUAUCGCUAGCUUCUACUUUAUCCCUACUUAUAACGAGAUAAAACGGCAUAUCCCUGCGAAAGCCGAAAUCGGGAAAACGGGAAGCUUCAGUACCUGCUCUGGAUACGAUUCUGAAAUGUCAGCUGAUAUUCCUAGGAUCAAGCGAGAAACUGACAUCAAGCAUCAUCCUUCAACUUCUUCCAUUUCUGCAGCUAAGAAAACUGUUUCCACUGACUCAAGGCUCUCGGGUACAGAUGAGGCUCCGGUAGCAUCAGUGUCACGCGGUCACAGUUUAAUGAAUGGCGGUGCAUCAAGCAGCAGUAGAAGCGAGGACAAGAUUUCGCCGUCUCCUAAGCGGAUGAAAGUGGAAGCGGUUGCUGAAAACGGCCACGACUGGUCCAAACUCAAGUUUCCACGUGAUCGACCACCUGAUGACAUUCCAGUUUACGAUUAUACGAAAGUGAAACGAGAAAAUUUUGACACUAGUUCUGCUCAGGUAGAAAUAGAGUCGCAGAUCUCUAGUGAUUCGUUGUCCAAUCGCACAUCUGCUGUAGAUGAAUGGGAAGACGUCCUAAAGAGCGUCAACGCCGACCCAGCAAUCCCUGAAGGAUACAAGAUGGCGUGCCUUGUUAUGAGCAAUCGUGAUUUACGUGAACACAACAGAAUUCUACGUGCCCAGCUGGAAAAGGGUUAA